AUGGAUGUACCUCAGGAGACUAUUGAUAAGAUCCAGCGUUUCGCAGUGAAACGGGAGACAGCCGAAGAGAGUUAUGAUCAACAAAUCAGCCCGGUCACUCUCCAGGCGUAUAAUAAGAAGCUGGAUGAGACCCUGAAAAAUCUCCAAGACCAAGUUAAACGCCAAGAAGAUGAUUUGCGCAAGCUCCGCUCGGUCAACACAGUUGAUUUUUCGAAGAUCGGCGCGGACCCUUGGUCUCGCGUUUCGCAAGUUAGAAGAGCCAAGAAGGCAUAUGACUCCCUUCUGGGAUCGGAAACAAAGCUCCCAAGCUCCGGGUCUCCUCUGCCAUCCUUACUCGCAGUCGAGGAGAUAUCUCGGCUGGUCAAGGAGAGCAAGUUAUCUGUCACGAUGACAGCAGACAAGCUUUCGACCAGCCGCCAGCGUUUGAAAGUCGAAGAGGCAAAUUUGCGUGAUGCCCAAGCCAUCAAUGAUGGACUGCAAAAACGGAUAGCUGGUAUCCGUGAACAACAAGCCCAGAAAGAGCAGAAGUCGCCCUCCCAACUAGCACAUGAUCUUGUCGAUCAACAGCAAGAAAAAAAGGAAGAGCUUGACAAGGCGACGGAAGAGCUAACUGCCUCUCUCCAUAAUUUUAUUGAUGAAACUUUGGCGCCCAUGCUCGCUGCAGAAGAUCUCGGUGGUCCAACUGUGGGAGAUGAAAUGAGCGUUUCUGAUGAGAUAUUGGAGAGAGGCUAUACAAGCCAUGGUAAACCCAAGAAACCGAAAGCUUCGGUAGCGAGCCAUGAUAGCGGCCAGCGUCGGAUAGAUGAACUCGUCAGGGGCCAAACGUCUCAAGGAGACAAUCAAGAACGGAACCGGGCCAAUCGACGCGAGACGGCAGCUACUGAGAUGCAUGAGCUUCUCGCCACAUUACUCGACGCAGGUACCUCCUACAUUAACCUUCCCCGAGAGUCUGCCGCCUCACGUUUCCUUGUAAGAGCUAAAGUAGCUCAGUUCCAUCCACGCGAUGCCAGACGUUUGAGAUUGAUUGAUUUCGGGCGUUCGUUGAACGAUUGA